GGUGAAUUUGACCGGAAAUUAGAAUAAAUAUGGAAAAAAUAAAUAAAAUGAAGCAUUGAGAUAUUUUUUUCUGUAAAACAAUAAAGAGUCUUGCUUAACCUCGUAGUUAGGCUAGUUUCCAUUCGUUACUUGAGUAUUUUGUGCAUUGAAAACAACAUUUCUAAGGGAGUUUCAUGGGAAAAUGGUAAUGCCUCUAAUUUAAAUGAUGUUUUGCCCAGAGUUACUCGAACGUGGUUCACGCCAAGCGCACUCUUCUUCAUUAAUGGAGAUAAACAUUGACAUACAAGGUGGAGUUUAAAGGCAUAAAAGAAACGUUUCGGAAUUAAUUCAUAUUCUUCGGUAAAAUGAGAUAUUUCCCAUACAGGAUAAUUGCCCCCCAAAAGCGUCAUCUGGAAUUCAGCGGGGAAACAAAUGAAUAAAUAAAAAUUACUUGACAACUGUCGCAUCCAAAUGUAGAUAGUUCGGCGAUUGCGCGUAGGAGGUAGUCAAUACAGAAACGCCCCAUGGCCAGUUAGGAAAUUUUUUUCGCGAAAUUUGAUGCUCCCUUAGAUUUUCAUGUAAAUAUAGUAUUUAAUCGAUUAACGUUCGUGGAAAUUUGUUAAAAAUGUCCGUUGAGACUGCUGCUAUUAGAGUGAAAUCAGCGAUUUCGCCAUUUAAUCCUAGUUUCAGCGAAACCAUAGGAAAGACGUAACCCUGCCGGACGUACGAUAUUACUUCCCUCCAUCGCAUAACUAGUAGGCAUCAUCUAGCGAGACGGCAAUUGUGAAUUUUUUGGUUUCCGCCCGAAAUUGAAAGAUAAUGUGGAACCACUGGAAUGGUUUGGAACACAUUCUUAUAGAGAUGAUACACGAACGAGAAUGCCUUUGGAAACCAGACGACCCGGGCUACUACAACCGAUCGCUGAAGGAGAGAAACAUCAUCGAAAUAGCGGAGUUCCUUCAGCUGCCCCCGUACGAAAUCAAGAAGAAAUGGCAUUCGAUGCGAGUGUAUUUCGUGAAAGAAUGGAAGAAAGUCGAGGAGUCCAGGAGAAACGCCACGUCGCUGGACGAGAUAUACAAGCCCAAGUUCAAGUGGUUUUCGAAUAUGAUGUUCAUUAAGGAUGUCAAGGCCUCUUUUUUUCGGGAAGAUGGGAAUUAUGGGGAAGACGAACUGAAGCCAUCUUCGAGCAGUUCGGGAUCUUCGGAGAACAGGAUAAACGUCGUUGAUAUAAAGGAAGAAGAAAACGACUACCACAGCGACCACUUCGACCAACGCCUCCUGCCGGAGGUAGACGAAGCCAACACCGGCGGAGAAAUCACUUACCUGCAGGACCUCAGGGAGAGGAGAAAACGCCGUUUCGAGCACAAGAGCACCGAGGUUGACGCCAAGGAGCUGACACCGAGCACCAGCAGCGACAACAACAGCGGCGUCGGGGAAGGACCGCGAGGUCCUGCCGCUACUGCAGCUGCUGCUGCUGCGGGCAACGCCAGCUGCCCCGAGGGCAAUAUCCAGGAAAGAAUCAGACCGCCCGAAUCCUGUCGCAACGGCGGCUCAUCAUCGUCUUCCUCCCCAGCCAUGUCUACCAUCUUCUACCUGCAGAAACACGACACUUUCGGCCUGAGCGUUUCGGAGCAGCUGAGGGCCAUGUCACAGACGCAGGUCACCGUUGCGAAGUUGCGCAUCCAGCAGGUGCUCUUCGAGGUGUCGACGCUGAGGGAGUCGACGGAAUCGACCUACGAUGCUGGCUAGAGUGGAUUCUGAGCCGACGGUUUUCUACGGGCCAAUGAUUGCCAUAUCGAUCUACGUGGGUUAUGGGUUUUUAUAACUGCAGUGAGCGAAUGCCCUUAUGGUUAGCGUGGAUCCUGAGCGUUUGCUCUCACUGUUGUCGAACGCCUUUUUCCGUUGGAGUGGAGUUUGUUUAUAACCUCAGUGGAUGUUUGUCCGUUUGGUUAGCGCGGAUUCUGUGUUUACUUUAACAAAUGGUUAGAUGCUCAGGUGGUAAGAUUGGAGUGUUUAAACCAAACAAAAACUUCUUUCAGUUUUCUUCUGAAGAUUGAAAAAGAAACCCACAAAUUCAAUUUGUAACUUGUUUACUUCUAAGUAUUUACAUUUAGUUUUACUCCACACUCGAGUACUUUCAGGCCCU